AUGUUAGUUAAAGAAGCCAUUCUCGCCAAUCCACCGAACUCCAGAGCUCUACAGCAACACCUCAUUUCCCUUCUUCAAAACCCUAAGAUCAUAAAACAAAAACUUACCCAAGUCCACACCCAGAUCAUCAUCAACGGUUUUUCCCAGAAAAAUUACAUCCUAGUUCACCUUCUUUCAUUCUAUGCUACUUCUAGUAAUCUCCUACAGGCGUUUAAACUAUUUCGAUCUAUCGAAAAACCAAGUACUACAGUCUGGAACCAGGUCAUCAGAGGAUGUUCAAGAACUGAAAUCCCUGAAAGAUCACUUGAAUUGUACAAGCAGAUGGUUGCAUUGGGGGCAAUUCCUGAUGGGUUUACUUAUUCGUAUGUUUUGAGUGCUUGCACGAGGUCGGGGAUGUUGAGAGAAGGGGAACUGAUUCAUGGGAGAGUUUUGGUUGAUGGGUAUUCCUCCAAUGUGUUUGUGAGAACAAAUUUGAUUAAUUUAUAUGGAAUGGUUAGGGUCGGCGAUGGCAUCGUACGUGCGCGUAAACUGUUUGAUGAAAUGGCGGAGAGAAAUGCGGUGAGUUGGAAUUCGCUGUUAGCUGGGUAUAUUAGGUGUGGGGACGUUGAUACGGCGAGGAGAGUUUUUGAUGAGAUGCCGGAUAAGAAUGUGGUGUCGUGGACAACAAUGAUUGCCGGGUUUGCUAGGAAUGGGAAGUGUAAGCAAGCUUUGUCUUUUUUUAAACAGAUGAGGAGAGCACGUGUGGAACUGGAUCAGGUAGCGUUGGUGGCGGCAUUAUCAGCUUGUGCUGAAUUGGGUGAUUUGGAAUUGGGGAAAUGGAUUCACUCCUACAUAAAAGAGACGUCUCAAUUUCGAAACCAACAAUUGUUGGUGUCUUUGAACAAUGCACUUAUUCACAUGUAUGCUAGUUGUGGUUUGAUUGAGGAAGCUUAUGAAGUACUUCGAUGCAUGCCAGAAAGAAGUACGGUUUCUUGGACAAGCAUGAUCACGGGGUUAGCAAAACACGGUUUUGCGCAAGAAGCUAUUACUGUGUUUGAAUGUAUGCUAAGCUUGGGUGAGAGAGAAGUCAAGCCUGAUGAAAUAACCUACAUAGGAGUUCUCUUUGCUUGUAGUCAUGCCGGAUUUGUCAAGAAGGGUCAGCAUUAUUUUACUCAAAUGACUACACAUUGGAGAAUUAAGCCCAGGAUUGAGCACUAUUGCUGUAUGAUUGAUCUGUUCAGCCGUGCUGGUUUCUUUGAUGAAGCAUUGAAUCUUAUUGAAACCAUGCCUUUAACACCUAAUGAUGCAGUAUGGGGUGCCCUACUUGGCGGUUGUAGGAUUCACAAGAAUGUUGAACUUGCCUCUCAAGUGGCUCAAAAAUUUGAUGUCGAGCUUGAUCCCAACAAUGCUGCUGGGUAUCUUGUGUUGUUGUCAAAUGUGUAUGCUACGGCCAAGAGGUGGCAGGAUGUUGCUAAUGUGAGACAGAAAAUGAUCGAAUCGGGUGUGAAAAAGCCUGCAGGUCGGAGUCGGGUUCAAAUUGAUGGAGUUAUUCAUGAUUUCCAGGCAGGUGACUACACCAGUAGACACACAUCUUCAAUCUAUGAUAUCCUUUGGCAAGUUACUAGACAGGCAAAGCAACAAGGGUACGAGUUAGACAUAUUCGAAGCAAUGCCAGUUGUCGAGUAAUACAUAGAGCAGGGAUUUGCAGUCAUUCCUUCCGUAAUUACCCAUUUCAGAGGCUUAAAACAUGGUAAAUCCUUUCAACCCUAACUCAUCAUUUACCAAGUCCAGAUGGUUAAACCUUCUCAAGUAAAGAAAUCCCCUGUCCCACUUCACACGUGCAUUUUCAUAUCUUCCUAACCCGAAAUGGAUGGCUGGGGAGAGGAAAGGUACCAACCGCGGUGUCAGCAAGGUGAGGCCUAUAGCUCAACGGGUUGGAUAUCGUUUAAAAUUACAAGUGGCUGUUGUCUAACAGUUUUUCGAGCGCUAGACGAAUCUUGGAAAACACAAGCCACCGCGGAUUUUUUUUUAUUACGUGUGAUUCGCUAUUAUUUUAAUAAAUUUAAAAAACGAAUUAAAAUUUAUUUAAACAACUAUUUAUGGUCCAUAAAUGCAAAA